AAUGUCCAAAUGACAAAAUGGAAUAUAUGAGAAAAUCGCUGAAGAUUACUCCUACGGCUCUGGAAACUAUCGCCAACAGGUCCACGGACGUACCUCUUCCUGCUCUGAACUUGAACACCUCUGGUUUUAAAUAUUUUUGGCUUUUCUCCGAUAUUUUGAGAUAUCAAUCCAGACCUCUACCGCAAACCUUCCGAAGCAUAUAAUCGAUUCGUGGCGGCUCUUCGAUGUCAUCCCCAACCCCCGGGGCUGCGUUUGCUGCCGCCCGAGCACGAAAACCAAAUAACAGUCGAUGCCAGAGCCGAAGUCACAGAAGCUUCAGUGCUGCGGCAGAACUUGCGCUGAGCGGCCAGAUUAAGUGAAAUGCCUGACAACUGAACUAACCUCUGACCUCUGAAGAUUGGAAAACGGAGGGUGCAAGAUGAGCGAGUUAAAUUUGCAGCUAAACCUUCCCCUGGACAUGAGGAUAGAGCAGUUUAAGGAAGAUCCGGAGCGAAUGAAACACGUGAAUGAGUUUCUCGAUGAGUUAUUUGAUGAAGCACAUAAGGAGGCAGAGAGACGGAACAGUGGGAAACUGAAAGGGAAACUGGACUCUUUAGGGAUUCAAAGUAAGUAGUCUUGGAGAGUUCACAUUGUAGUAUAGCGUUAGAAUGGGUGAAAUUAAAGUCUGCAUGCAUUGGUAGUAAAGGUUGAAUAUAUUUUCAAUCUAAUAAAUCAUAUUGAAAUAUUUCUAUUUAUAAUCCAGCUACUGAAACUUAUCCUUUGGUUUUCAUGUAGAUAAUGCCCCAUUUUUGUCUGGCCAGUGAAACCACAUAUAUUUGGGAUUCUUCUUUAAUGUGGUAUACAUUUCGGUCACAAUAAUCGGUCUUCCAGGUGACACAUUGUUUGUUUUUCCUUUUCAUUUUCAGAUUCCUACACAGUGUGUUACUACAAUAGUCUGAAAGGUCCGUAACAUGCCAAAAUUGCGCGAAGCCAUCUUUGCAAAUUUUAAGAUGGCACCACACAAAAGCAACAUGGACCAGAACUGCCUGGCGUAGCCAUUCCCGCUCCCAAAGGACGUCAGGGCUUCAAAACGGAAUAGAAUCUGAAAAUGGAAAGAAAAAGCAGACGAAGUGUGACCUGGGAUACAGAUAAAUAAAAUAUUGUCAAUCGUGUCAAUUACUGAAGGUCACAUUUACUAGAAUAAAGAAGAAUUUCAAAUAUAUGUGGUUUCAUUGGCCAGACAAACAUGGGAUUAUUUCCAUUUAUCCCACAAAAUUUGCAGACGGUUCGAAAAAGAUAGGCAUUUGGUCCAACCGUGCUAGGACGUCAGCAAGAGUAUUUGCUUCAAGAAUAUUUACAACAAUCUGCAACUGUACUAACCAGGUUAGGACCAGUCUCAUCACCCGAAACAACAACUGAAGCCACUGAGUGGGCCUGAUUUUACUGUAUCAAGAAACAUCUAAAAUGAGGAACCAACAUCUAUUUUUAUACAAUAACUGAAGACACUUUAUUGAAAUAUUUUGUCUACUACUAAGUUUUGACAGAGAUAUCUGAAAGCUCGACCUGAAUACUACUGUGUAGGUCCGAUCAAAUUAAUAUAUGAGGAACUACUACGAAACAUAGAAAUUAAAAUGCAAUGGAGUACAUGCAGCUCCAAAAUUUCUUCGCUUGUUUUUUCUACAGUAGUAAUAACAAUGAUGUUCUUUUAAGCUAUAUUAGGCACCAAUACUAAACUUGAGCUUCCAUAUUUGCUUUCUAACAGAACAAUAAAAAUAUUUAUUGAACCACUUAUGUGGCCUACAUAAUAAAUGUGUACUACUUUUGUUCUAUGGGGUGUUUUCACAGAAAUGUUUGAUUUUCUGCUACGUUUCAAAAAUUCUCAUUACUUGAAGAAUCACUUUUUGUUCAUAGAACGGAAUGUCUAGGGCUAGUUCGGUGCUUGGGAAUCGACUUACUCAUAUAUUCCAAUAGGAAAGACAACUAUACUGGACUCUUUUGGCCUUUUAGCUUUUGCUGCCCUCACCUUCUCUUCAUUCUGUCGAAAGGCUUAUGUAUAAUUUUGGAAUUUAAUAGUAACGUUGUACGUGAAAAUCAAUCAUGUAGGAUGUAUGCAAUAAUUCAUCAUAUUGUUUAAAUAGUUAUUAUGGCAAUUUUGCAAAGCAGUUUCAUUAAUCAACGUUUUUUUUGUCCAAAUUAAAAUGUUUGUUUGCCUUUGCCGUACACAUUCGGUGUGAAUGCUCCAUAAAGAUUCAUUUUAUACCUAACCUUGGUUGUUAUUCACCUGUCCCUGUCCAAUAAAUGUUAAUAGAUUAGAGUUAUACAAUAUACAAAUUUAUAUACAUAUACAUUAAAUGUAUGUAUUACACAAACAAUAUGAUACUCUUAUAUGAUACUGUUGUGCACAAAUAUACCAGAAAAUUGCUCCAUUACACUAAAUGUUGUUUCCAAGGUAACAGUCGUUAUACACAAUAUAUAUAUACCUGAAGCUGGUAUGAUAUGAGAUGUUCUAUGGGCAAAGGUCCUACGGACCGCCCAGACAAACAAAUGUCGAAUAUGUUGAAAGAAGAAUUUGGUAGUUAAAUUAUACCAUACAUUUGGUGGUACCUCGAUAGUAAUCAAAUAGUCAGUAUUAGGACUUUCCCUUGUUAUCUAUUAAGUUUCAGAACAAACUUUGAAUGUGCCCAGUUAGAGUAAGAUAAUGUAAGCUUACCCAAGAGUGUCAACAAACUGUAUGGUACACCCUCCGCUUUAUACAUUAAUAUACGAUGUCUGUAAAUUAAGUGGUGAGGCUGCUUUUUUUAAUUUUUCUAUAUUCAUACAUAAUUUUAAUUCUAUAUUGUCACCCUCAAAAUGACUUCCUUCUGAAGCCACGCAAUGCUGGAAUCGGUUCUUCCACUCCUCAUAGCAGUGCUGGAAUUCCGAUACUGGAAUAACCUUCAGCUGGUCGGUUACAGCCGUUUGAAUGUUUUCGAAUGACCCAAAAUGAGUUCCGUUGAGGUAAUUUUUCAACUUCUGGAAGAGAAAAAAGAUACACCUCUUGAUCUGAUGAACGGUGGUGUGAGUAUAAUUUAACUCUUCUCCGAUCAUUCUUACUGUCUUUCGACGAUCUGAACGCAUAUGAUCCCGGAUUCUGUCCAUAUUUUCAUCAGUUCUUGAAGAUGAAGUCCUUCUGCUUCGUGGUUCAUCUUCAAUCGAGUCUAUCCCUUCUAAAAAUGUCUUAAACCAACGAAAAACCUGGGCUUUUGACAAAACACUACCUAUGUAGGCCUGUUUAGUAAGAGUUUCCGUUGCACUGUGCCCAAGUAUGAAGCAAAACCUGACAGCACACCGUUGCUUGAAAUUUUUAGAGCACAAUAGAAAAAAAGAUUCCCCAAAAAAAUCACUACGGAAAACCAAAUGAAUCGAGCGAGUUCAUACCUAUACUGAAGACGCAUCACAUGUUCCCCUGUCUCCCCUCCAAGCCCGGCCCCUCCAGUGUUACCAGAUCGAACGUCAGUGCCAGUCUCAUCACUUAAUUUACAGAUUUCGUACAUAUAGCGGACUGACAUUGCUGUGAAACUUAAACUUAAGUGUCGGUAGGAUGAUAUUUGUUCCGUAACCCUAAACAAUCGUAGACUAGGCAGGGUAUGCAGGGUACCUUCUUCUGACAUAAAAUAUGUAAAAUUGUACGCAAAAAAAUGUGGAAAAACGGAGGACAAAUAAAUGUGAUUGUUGACGCGCCUUUUAUAUCCAGGUAACGUCGUAACUUCAAUUUCAAAUAAUAGUGUUAAGCUUCAUCCCCUGAACUGAAAAAAUUUAUUUUUCAGUAUUUCUUCCUUAAAAACGAUGUUGCUAAGUGAUUAUUCUACCUGAUGACACAAAUUCACACAUGUUGGUCCAUAUUUUAUCGGUAAUCUGUACAAUUCAGGUAUUCUAUACCUAGGCAAUAUAUAGAAUACCUGGUUGCCCAGGCAAUGUAUGAAAUAUGAAUAUUAUUAUCCAUUACAUACAUUACCUAGGUAAUGAAUACAAUUUCUAGGGAUUGUAUAGAGUACCUGCUGUUCCACUGGCAAUGUGUAAAAUAAAUAGAUCUUGGUCUAUAUUUAUCAAUGUUAACAGACAUACCUAUAAAAUGACGGGCAAAUGAAAAAAGUUAUAUUAUUUAAAAUCAAUUAUCUUAAAAUUAACAAUUAGAGUGCUUCUUAAAAAUAAGCUUUAUGAAAAGGGUACAAGAAAAGCACCUCUCUGUUACAAACAGUAAAAUUGAUGUGAAACUAAAAAUUAUUCUGGUUAUAAGUAACAUAAUGUAAUUUUCUUUGCUUACAAGGACGCAUUUCGUUUAUUGCCUGCCUGUCGGUACGUACAACCCGUUCCUUGCUCUCGUCCUUUACAUACAUUACCGGCUGCGCAUUUGGUAUUGUAUAGAAUACCUAGGCAAAGUAUAAAACAAAUAAUAUUUUAUACAUUACCUACACGGUUUAGGUAUUCUAUACAUUACCUAGGUAUUGUAUAGAAUACCGGUUUAUACAGAUUACGGGUAACACAUAUACAACUUUACAGAGCGUAUAAGCUGAUUUAAGAAAGUAGAUGCUUCACGGCUGGUAUUGGUUGUACGUCUUAAACACCGUGUGUGUGUAGUAUUAAAUUGUGAGUUUGUGUUGUUACGUUUCACGUUCCGUCAAUUAAUUGACAUGAGCAAAAUCAACCGAUGGUAUUAACACUACAUCUCGCAUCACACUUACUCACUUACUUGACAAGUAGAAUGUAUAAGUAGUAUGCUUGUCUAUGCCAGCCUUUACCGAGGUCGAAAAAAAAUCGGUAGGCCACGAAAUGUAGUUUUCAUCAAUAUAUUUUUUUCGAGACUAUGAGCAGACUAUAUACAUAUAGUUCGUAAGGUACAUAAGAUUUGGGUAUCAAUUUUGGAGGGACUACAUAAGGAAAAUUUUUAAAAGUACUUUUUUGUCUGAGAGUAGACCAUUUGUAACUUUGGAUAAUAAUCGACAAUCAAAAAGACCCAGCAAGACUAAAUAAUGCAUAUAAAAUUCAGAUUACUCACUAAAAGAACAUAUCCUAACAAAUAAAUGUAUUUUAUCAUUCGGAAAUAUUUUUACAGCAGAUUCUCAUUUGAUAAAAGAAUGUUACAAAAAUACAGAAACUUAGUACGUUUUACUUCAAUUAGGUGGUCAUUCUAUGAAUUUGCAUUGGUGGAAUCUACUACAUCAUGAAGACGUCCAUUUUUGUCAGUGACAUCACUAUCUCGAAAACUUACAAAAUGAUAAGUUAGUAAUCAGUGCAAACUCUGGAUAUAGGGGAAAGUCGGGUAUGUGGGACCGGUCUUUAAGUUGUACCAGGACAAUAUUUCCUGAACUGAAGAUUUCUAAGGCCAUAUAUUUACCUUGUUCACCUUUGUUAAUUAUUUGUGAUCUCUGCAGUGCAAGUUGAACAAUUAAAACGGUAUUAUCACGAUGUUUCGAUUGAUAUACCUGUACCACUAACAAUACAAAAUUAUACAUUUGGUAUGAUACAGUUUAAAAACCGCGUGGCACAACUGAACGAAUCGGUUCAAUAAAUUGCACUGCAAAAUUUUAAAAAAAUAGCUUAUUCCAAACUCGUGAGUAUUUACAUCAGUCUUAAGUUGUGUAUUUUGACAAGAAACAUGCCAAAUUAUUCCACUUUGAAGUUUCGUUCAACUGAAACAAGUCAGUAAUGAGUUAUUUCAUGGAAUAUGUUAGGUGGUACAAAUUACCCGACUUUACUCUAUACAAACGUUACAUUAUCUUAAAUUAUUUAAAUACGUUUUCCAUCUUCCAUACACACAUUAUAGUGUGAUUGUGGGCAUAGAUCAUAAGCAAUAUCACGUUAAUGUACCUAUCUACAUUAUACCUGUUUUUGAUGGAUGUAAUAAAAAUGUGAGUAUUUA